GCAGAGGAGCACAGCGCGCAUGCGCAAUACAUGCCCUGCCUAGGAGUUUGUGGCCCCGCCCCCAGCCCGGAUUUCGGGAGAAGCAGCUGGCUGCAGAUCCCUCCCGAAGACCAUGCAUUUUUUUUCUUCUUCGGGUUCCAUCUCCUCCUCCUUUUCCACGUGGAGUGAGGCUCGUUUGGGAAACUCUUCCAAUCAAACACAGCCGUAUUGUUACAGCGGACACCCGGGGAGCACGGUGCUGCAAGGAGUUACUUUUGGCGGAAUCCCUACAGUUUUGGUGAUAGAUGUCGCCUGCUUUGCGCUGUUACUGUUGCUCUUCUCUUUUAUCCGUAAGAAGUUCUGGGACUAUGGCCGGGUGGCCCUUGUAUAUGAUGCGGACAGUCCAUAUGAUGCGAUCUCACCUUCAGUUGAUGAGGAUUUGAUAAAAGACAAGGGCUUCUGUUCCUGGCUAUCGGCCCCGUUUAGCAUGAGUGAUGAAGACAUCUAUGAGCGGUGCGGGGAAGAUGCCUGUCACUACCUGUCUUUCCAGCGCCACAUCAUAUGCUUCUUGGUUGUUGGCAAUCUCCUGUCCAUGGUUGUCAUAUUGCCAGUUAAUCUUUCUGGCAGUUUGUUUGACGCCGAUCCUCUAAGCUUUGGGAGGACUACAAUUGGUAACCUGCAGGACGAUGACAACCUCCUGUGGCUUCAUACGGUGGUCGGAGUGGUCUUUCUGAUUAUCAUAGUCUUCCUCAUGAGACAUCAUACAUCUGCCAUCAAGUACAAAAAUGAAGAUACGGUGAAACAGACGUUGUUUGUCACAGGACUGCCACAUCAUGCCAAAAAGGACUCUAUCAAGAAACACUUUACUGAGGCGUAUCCCACUUGCCGAGUGCUCGAUGUCUACUUGUGCUACAAUGUCUCUAAACUAAUCUGGAUCAACAGAAACAGGAGGAAAGCCGAAAAGAGUCUGUGUUAUUACAACGAUCUCCUCAACAAAACUGGAGUGCAUGCAUUAUUAAACCCGAAGCCCUGCGGCCAGUUCUGCUGCUGUGUGACACCGGGGUGUGAGAGGGAGGAUGCUAUUGAAUAUUACACAAGAAUGAGAGAUAAGCUGCUGGAAGAGUAUACAGAAAAUAUGGAGAUAAGUCGAAAUGCACCACUUGGUAUGGCCUUCAUUACAUUCUCUGACAAGUCAAUGGCAACAUUUAUCCUGAAAGAUUUCAAUGCCAUCAAGUGUCAAGGAUGCAAGUGUUCCUCCCAGCCCCAACCAUCAAGUCUCAGCACAGAGCUUUCUGCCUUGCAGUGGUCUGUCUCCUAUGCCACCUCCCCAGAAAAUAUCUCCUGGGAGAAUAUGUCAGUGAGUGGAGUAAAGUGGUGGGUACGUUUUAUUAUCAUCAACCAUACCCUCUUUAUUGUGCUGUUCUUCCUAACAACGCCAUCAAUUAUUAUUACUACAAUUGACAAGUUCAACGUCACAAAACCCAUCUAUUACCUGAAUAAUCCGGUCAUCAGCCAGUUCUUCCCAACCUUGCUGCUGUGGUCCUUCUCUGCACUGCUGCCCACAAUGGUCUACUACUCCACUCUCUUUGAGCUCCACUGGACAAAAUCUGCAGAAAACAGAAUUGUGAUGCACAAAAUAUACAUCUUCCUGUUAUUCAUGGUCCUAAUUUUGCCAUCGCUUGGCCUCACCAGCUUAGAUGUUUUCUUCCGAUGGCUGUUUGACAAGAACCUGGCUGGUCCCUUAAGGCUGGAGUGUGUAUUUCUUCCUGAUCAGGGGGCUUUCUUUGUCAACUACGUUAUUGCGUCUGCCUUUAUCGGGAACGGAAUGGAGUUAAUGAGGCUUCCAGGGCUGAUCUUGUACACCAUACGCAUGAUUAUGGCCAAGUCUGCUGCGGAAAGGCAAAACAUUAAACAGAACCAGGCUUUUGAAUUUCAGUUCGGAUCGAUGUACGCUUGGAUGCUUUGUGUUUUCACAGUCGUCAUGGCUUACAGCAUCACAUGCCCCAUUAUUAUGCCUUUUGGUCUAAUAUACAUGCUGCUUAAACAUCUGGUGGAUCGGUACAAUCUAUUCUAUGCUUUUCUGCCCACCAAACUGGACAAGAAGAUCCACUUCUCAGCUGUCAAUCAGUCCCUGGCUGCCCCCAUAUUGUGUCUCAUAUGGCUGUUUUCCUUCUCUCUCCUGCGGCUCGGUUUGAAAGGCCCUACCCUGUUUACACUGUUUGUCAUCCUCCUGACCAUUGUAGUCGCCACCUUAUAUUCUUGUUUUGGCUACUUCAAACAUCUCAGCCCACACAAUUACAAGAUAUUGGAAUCGCAGAUUGGCAGAGAGGCCCCCAUAGAGGAAGAGGACAUUCCUCGGCAGUCACCUAUGUAUGUCCCCAGUGUAUUGCGUUCUGUGGAUUUGGAUAAGGAAACCCACCGAAACUAUGGAAGCAUGGAAGAGUCAACGGAACCUGUCGCUACAGACGACCAGCAAGCAUUGUUUACUGAGUAACUCUAAGACUUGAUGUAAUAAUCACAAAGUGCCACAGGAGGGAGACAUUGCUCCUCUAAAUCUAUGCAAUAGGAAAUAAUGUGUCUAGAGAUGGAGAAAGCAUUCAUAAAAGGACUUUGGACUUUGCAGCCCUUCCUGAGCCAGUUAGGUCACAAAGAGGAAAAGUGUUGGAAUGCCUUUAGGAUCAGAUUAUGUUACAUAAAGAUAAUUUGUUACAAAAGUACAGUAUAUACAUCUUCUGGAGCAAGCAGUGUUCCCAGCUGUCCAUGCACAGUGCUACUUUUUUUUUGAUUAAUAGAGACUGGUAACACUUAAAUGAGGGAAUAUUUUUAUUGUAUGAACAUUUCACCAAAAACUUUACAGCACAGCUGGAUUUGGUCGUAUCUGGGAGAUACUGUUGUUUUUUUGAUCUGAAGGUUAAUAUUUUUCACUGUAUAUUAAAUAUGCCAAUAUAUUUUAUUAUUGUUGAAAAUGUUG